AGCCCAGCAUGCACUGUGGCGAGGGCGGACCUCGCGAAGCUCAGGCCUCCAGGCGCAAGGGGCGAGCGAAGUGCAGCGGCGACGGGCAGUCAGACUGUGGCAUUCUUAGAAGUGGGGCUUAUCCAGCGGCAUAUCAAUGGAUGAAUGCAGUGGAAAAGAAAGAGUAAAAUGGACAACCACCAUUAUUAUCAGCUCAUCUCUUAAGAGUUACGAAAUUGCAACUGCCCUAGAAAAUCGAAGCCACAAGGUUCGGUAUUCUGAUACAUUGGAAAGUGGAUCGACUGUAUUUUCUCUCUCUGGAGUUGCAUUUUUGUUGAUGGAUGCUAAGGAGUGUAUGACAUCAGCUGAGGAAAUAUUUCUUACCAAAAUCAAGAAGUUUAUUAACAUUCACCAAAAUAGUUUUUUGGUUCUAUUUGCUCCACUCCAUGGGCCUGAAGAAUGGAAUCUCAUGUUCAGGAUUCAUCAGAGAUUCUUGGGCAGUAAUUUACGAAUACUUCCUGUACACAACACAGUGAAUGCUGUUGACCUUAUGUGCACCAUAGCUAAGACUACCUCCAAACCGCACAUAGACAGCAUCUGCUACAGAAUGAUAACAACUAAAGCUUACAUCAUAGAGCAAAGCCCUGUCUGGAGAACACUUCAAAAGAUACUGAGUACUGACUCAGUUAGUGCGGAUUCAAAAUAUUGAUCACAAGUAUUCUUUUAGAAGAAUAUCAAUAUAAUUAAACUUAUUAACUUGUAAUGUCCAAA